UGCAAGAUGACUUUUAUCAGCCAGCGCACUUUGACAUAACCUUAAAUCCGGUCACGCUCUCGCGAUACGUUUUGAAUCGCGAAUAAAAACCGCAAUUAUGUCCUGGCUAUUUGGAUAUCGAAAUCAAGAUGGGCAGUCGGCAACUCCCGAUCUCUCCCAAUUCGGAGUUCAACCCCCUCAAGCUCCCGGAGGUGGCGGAACCCCACCGGAGGACCCCAAAUUGACCAAGGCCGAAAGAAAAGCGAUGGAAGCUUAUCGUUUUGAUUCAUCCGCUUUGGAACGCGCCGCCCAAGCAGCGAGAGAAUUAGAAAAGUCUAGACAUGCGAAAGAAGCUUUGGAACUUUCUAAGCUGCAAGAAGCUACGAGACAACAAGAAUAUCAAACAAAAAUUAAAGAAUAUGAGGCUCAUAUUGCUCAGAUGCAGGUCGAUCAAAAGAAAGUUGAAGGGGAAGAAAAAAGGAAGUAUUUGCAAGAAGAAACUAGGCAACACCAAGCUCGGGCUCAAUAUCAAGAUCAAUUAUCAAGGAAACGAUAUGAGGAUCAAUUGGCGCAACAACAAAGAAUGAAUGAAGAGAGUCUUAAAAGGCAAGAGGAGUCUGUAGCUAAACAAGAAGCUUUAAGAAAAUCUACGAUUGAGCAUGAAAUGGAUUUGAGACAUAAAAAUGAAAUGAAGAGAGUUGAAGCUGAAUUAAAAGCAAAAGCUAAAGUUGAUAGAGAAAACAGAGAUUUGACUUUAGAACAAAUCCGAUUAAAAGCAACUGAAAAUAGAGUUACUGUAUUAGAAAGUAUCAAAACUGCAGGUUCAGUCCUUGGUACGGGAGUAACCGCUUUACUCACUGAUUGGAAUAAAGUCCUCGCUGCAGCUGGUGGUUUCUCAUUACUCGCGUUAGGUGUCUACACAGCUAAAGGAGCAACUGGAGUAACAGCACGUUACAUUGAAGCCCGAUUAGGAAAACCAUCGCUAGUUAGAGAAACAUCAAGAUUUUCGUUUCUUGAUACUCUUCGUCAUCCAAUUCAAGCAUUUCAAAAAUUAAAAACAUCGUCCGCAGAUGCACUUCAAGGUGUGAUUUUAGCCCCUAGAUUAGAAGAGCGGUUAAGAGAUGUUGCAAUAGCCACUAAAAAUACUAAGCAAAAUCGAGGACUUUAUCGAAAUAUUUUGAUGCAUGGUCCACCUGGAACGGGUAAAACGAUGUUUGCGAAAAAACUUGCUAAACACUCAAAUAUGGAUUACGCAAUAUUAACCGGGGGGGAUGUGGCCCCCAUGGGACGUGAAGGUGUUACAGCGGUUCAUAAAGUUUUUGAUUGGGCGACUAGUUCACGAAAAGGUUUGAUUUUAUUCAUAGAUGAAGCAGAUGCUUUCUUAAGAAAAAGAUCCUCAGAAAAUAUUUCCGAGGAUUUAAGAGCAACUUUAAACGCAUUUUUAUACAGAACUGGAGAACAAAGCAAUAAAUUUAUGUUAGUUUUGGCUUCAAACACCCCCGAACAAUUCGAUUGGGCCGUUAACGAUCGUUUAGACGAAAUGGUUGAGUUCUCUUUACCUGGGUUAGAAGAACGCGAACGUUUAAUUCGAUUAUAUUUUGAUAUAUUCGUGCUUCAACCAGCAACUCAAGGCGCUCGGCGUUUAAAAGUCGAACAAUUCGAUUAUGGGGCAUUAUGUUCAAAAAUGGCUGAAAUGACCGAGGGAAUGUCUGGAAGAGAAAUUGCUAAAUUGGGUGUUUCAUGGCAAGCAGCCGCUUACGCAUCUGAAGAUGGUGUACUCACCGAAAAAAUGGUUUUGGAACGAGUUAAAGAUAGCGUUAUGCAACAUAGGCAAAAAGUUGAGUGGCAAUCUGAGCAAGAACGCAGAGAAUCUAAGAGUAUUUAUCACUCUGAAAAAGAAGAAUCUUACAAACCUAUCGCGAUCACGAUUAAGGAGAUCGAUGAGGAGAUUGAAAAUAUUUCGAAGCAUAAACAAAGCGAGUUGAAAGAAAUUAAAAAAGAACUCGAAGAGGAAUCUGAUACGAAAACGAAAAGAUAAUUAUUAAAAAUGAUUAAUUAAAUAAAUAAAUAAAGAAAAGGUAGUUUAAUAACAAUUUUACGUUAUUCCAAAAAAAAAAAAUAAACAAAAAGGUAAAUAGAUUUUUCUUUAUUAUUUACCUUCUUGUAUGGGUUUUGAUUCGUUUCAAUUUGAAAGUGAAUGACGUAAAAAGAAAUGAUCUAGAGGUAAAUGUGAACUUUUUGAAUGUUGACUACAAAUUGGAAACGUUUAGACUAAGAACCAAACUGUAAAAGCGUUUCUUCGAGUGCAGCAUUUAUUUGUUACUUGUUGUGAUGAUGCACUUUGUAUUUUUAUACAAAAAAAAAAAGUUGUAAAUUUUACAUUUUUCUUAGAAAAUUUUUUCUCAUCCUAUCGAAAAGAGAAAUUUAUAUUAAACUUCUCUAUUAAAGUCUUCAAAAAGAUCCCACAAGUUUUUAGUUUAGUUCCGAUUUUUUGUUGUGAUACAUUUUAUAAUUAAUUCAUCAAUGUAAUUAAAAAAGAAAUAAAUAAAAAUCUAAAUACAAAUCA